UAAUAAUAAGACAUUAAUAUCAAAUUUUAAUAAUGAAUGAUUAAUACAUUUAUUGUUACAAACCGAAUGAAGCUUUCGUCAUUUCUUUAGUUGAUUUGUAAUCCGUCUAAUCGUAUAUGCAGUUACGUAUGCAGAACGUAUCCAUGGUAUGCAAUAAUUGGCAAUAACAGUAUCAUAGAACAGUAUUUGUUGACAGUAAUAACAGCAGUGUUUUGUUAUGGCAGCAGUAAAUAUUCCGUAGGAAAAACAAGAUAAUCGUUAUUGCAGGUGUAAAAAGUAAAGACGAGAAUUGUAAAUCAAAAUAUAUUAAUUAAUGAUUGUGGUUUAGUAAUCGCAAUAAUGAUGACGUCCAAUACCAGGGCGUUCACUCAAAAGCUCUCAAAGCAUAACGCUGCUGAUGUUAGAAAAAAUGUUUCAUGCCAUGCAAACAGGCCGGGAUAUGUGUUCACAACUUCAACAAGUUGGUGGGCUAGUGACUUAGCUGAGCCUUUAGAUUAUGAAGAUUUUUUAUCUCAACAUCAAAUAUUAAUUGAUAGAGACCCAUUAAGACCUGUACUUGAUUUUCCUCCUUGCGAUGUAGAACUUGAAAUUAUUAAAAGGCCUAUUCGCACAUUACAGCAUAUUGUACCAGAAGAAAAUAUAGAAUCUUUACCUCCUCAUGUCCAGACAUGUAUUCACUGUUAUACAUCAGAUUGGCAUGUUGUGCUUUAUCAGCAUAGGGCCUUUAGUAGCAGUGUAAGUAAUAGGCAAUGCUCUACAAAAAAUAGAUUUUCCAGUCCAAAGCAAGAGUUUGAGGUGGAUUUUCAGGCAACUCCAUCCGAAUCUGCCAGCGAAUUUGAUAUAACAUCCCUCUCAAGUGGUAGCCGUCAAAGUGUAGCAUCGACUGUUUCAUUGUCAUCAUGUGGAGAUACAUUGACGCCGCGUAAUUCGUGGGCUUCUUUUGAUCUACGUUACUCUGCUGGGGAUCCUCUUAUACCAGAAAUAUUGGAACAUUUCUCUCCUGAGACUCUGGAUCAGUUAAAUGAGAGUCAAAGGCAGAUUGGUCGACCAGAUGGAUUUUAUUCAUUAUGUCCACCCCCGUUUGAUAUUGAAGGGUCUGAGCCUGUUGAGCGUAGAGUCCCGCCAAGUCCUCCAGCAGAACAUAUGGGUCAUAGAAUACUUGUUAGAUGUUUACAGCUGAAACUUGAUUUAGAGAUAGAACCCUUGUUUGCUUCGAUGGCUCUUUACGAUGCAAAAGAGCGCAGGAAAGUGUCAGAAACUUUUUAUUUUGAUAUGAAUCCGGAAAGUUUAAAACGCAUGUUGGGCGGACACAUCCCUUAUUGUGAUAAUAGCACACAAGCAAGAGGGUGCAUUUUUGAUGUGACUAAUCCCUCUCCAGAUCUGUUUCUUGUUGUUAGACUUGAGAAGAUUCUUCAAGGCGAUUUAAACGAGUGUGUUGAGCCUUAUAUAAAAGAUGAUAAGAACAGAGAUAAACUAAAGGCAAAUGCAGUAAGUGUUUGUGAAAGGUUGGGCAAGUAUCGUCAAGCCUUUGCAUGGACAGGAAUAUAUCUUCUAAAUAUUAUAAACGGAGGAAAUUCAUUGGAUAGAGAUGGAGAGAAAGAUACAAAUAGUACAACAUCGAGCACAAACAGUUUAGAUCGAAAGUCUACCAGUAGUGGUUUGGAACAACUACGUCGUAAAGCAAAUGAAAUGGGAAAUAUUGCAAGAAGAGGAUCUUUAGAGCGAAAAUCCGAAAAACGACGAUCUUGGUCUCCAGAUCGCUUGGCAACCAGUUUGGAUAGUUUUCGACCAAUCACUCUUACAGUAUCUUCCUUUUUCAAGCAGGAAAACGAAAGAUUUCGCGAUGACGAUCUUUAUAAAUGUCUGCUGGAGUUGAAAAAACCCAAUCUAAUAAUGAAGAAAUUGAAGUGCAUUCCAGCUAGUUUAAAGCUGGAUAUAUCUCCUUGUCCUCCAGACGUCAAGCAUUGUCUUACAACGGAACUAGCCAAAUUACAUCCUUAUCCUGAUGACAAAAGUAGGCCCGUCAAAGAACUGUUAGAAUUUCCUAUUAAAGAUAUCUUGGUUCCCCAUUAUAAUUACAGAAAUUUGCUUUUUGUCAGCCCAAAGGAGUUGAAUUUUUCAAACAGACAGGGCUCUGCUAGAAAUAUAGCAGUCAGGAUACAACUGAUGACUGGAGAAGGAGAACAGCACGCAUUACCAAAUAUUUUCGGGAAAUCCAACUGUCCUGAAAUGAGUUCCGAUGCUUAUACAGCAGUGACAUAUCAUAAUAAAUGUCCUGUAUUUUAUGACGAGAUAAAAAUUAAAUUACCUGCUGCGCUAGCCGACAAUCAUCAUUUACUUUUUACAUUUUAUCACAUAAGUUGUCAAAGAAAAGUGGAACAAACUUCUGUUGACACUCCGGUUGGAUACACAUGGUUGCCUUUGCUACGUGAGGGUCACUUAGUAUCUGGAGAAUUCUGUUUGCCGGUAAUGUUGGAUCCACCUGCGUUAAAUUACAGAUAUCUUCCGCCGGAUGUUUAUCUUCCGGGUACGAAAUGGCUUGACAACCACAAAGGUCUUUUUACAGUUUCACUUGACACUGCGUCUUCUAUUCACACUCAUGAUCCGGCAAUAGAAAGGUUCUUAUUGGCAUAUGAUAAUGUUGAAACUGGAGUGAUACCUGCGAGAUUAGGAGAGAGUGGCAUAGAAAAUGAAUUAAGAUCUGCCAUGUUGGGCUUAGCUGGAGCUCGUCCUAAAACAUUAGUUCGAUUUUUGCCUGUAAUUUUCGACAGCAUUAUAAAACUUUUAGUUCAACCCCCUCGUGUUUCUGGACACUCACUUAACGUAGGACACACAUCGUUUGAAGCUCUCUGUUUACUUUUAAAUAAUAUUUCGGGAAUAGGGGAAACACCAUCUGAUCAGCAUUCCCGAAACGGCCUUCUAACUACCUAUAUUCAUUACCAAUGUCAUUUGCCACAUCCUCUUCGAACCGCCGAUCAAUCUACCCUUGAAUGGGAAAGUAAGACAUCGUUAACCAGAAGCACUUCUCACCCUGAUUUAGAAAUUGCGGCGAUUCAACCAAGAGGUUUAGACAGGGCUUCUAGCAUGCGUUCUCCUCAAAUGGAUGUGAGUUCGUUAAAUAUUAAUUCUUAUCAACGUAUCGUUCACCAGGAACUAGCUCUUCAAUGGGUCGUGUCCAGUGGAAGAUCCAAAGAAUUGGCAAUGCAAAGCGCUUGGUUCUUUUUUGAAUUAAUGGUAAAAAGUAUGGUAGAACAUCUUGGACAUACCAGAACACUGUAUGCCCCUAGAAAAAUCAGAUUUCCGGAACAGUUUUUGGAUGAUAUCAUGACACUGGUUCAUACUGUUACUGCAGAAAUCAUCGCUCACAGUACAAGCGAUGUAGCUCGUGCGCAUAAAUUAAACGCAGCACUGGCAUUCUUUUAUUUCGACUUGCUUUCGGUAGCAGACAGAGGAUACGUAUUUCAGCUUAUUAGAUCGUAUUGUAAGCAGCUACAGGCGAAAAUACAAUCGAUUCAGGACGUGUCAUCGUUGGUAGAAUUAAAACUUGAGUUCAUUCGUAUCGUUUGUAGUCAUGAACAUUACGUACCACUAAAUCUACCAUUUGCGACGCCAUUUAUGACAACUGGUGCCAGUGUUUCUCCAAGUCCAAGCAUCACGAGUUCGAAUAGUCAAACUUCCUUUUUAUCUGGUCCACCCGCAAGUCAAGAGAGAGUUGGUGUUUUUGCUGAAUUGUCUACAGAAUAUAGGCAACAUCACUACCUGACAGGACUUGUACUUACAGAUGUGGCUACUGUUUUAAUAGAAAUACAAAAUCCUUCUCUUCAUGGGAAAGCAGUGGAUACUGUACGAUCUCUGCUGUCGUGGCACGACUCUGAUCCUCGUUUCUCUUCUCCUGAAGCAAAAAAACGGGUAUCAGCCCUAUAUCUACCUUUACUUUCCGUUGCGAUGGAUGUUUUACCUCUCCUUCAUCAUUGGGGCAGUGAUAAAUCCGAUCGAUAUUCAAGCGAAGGAAUUAAUACGCCUACAAAUAUCGAUCAAAACGUAGCUUUAGCCAUUGCUGGAAAACUGAUUCAUACCGACUCCUUUCAUUCAACCCGGAAACAGAAUAUAAGUGCCGAAGUUACGAGACAGUUAUUGAGUUGUGUGUUAUGGGUAUUAAAAAAUACAGAUCGUGAUUCUUUAUCUCAAUGGCUAGGUGAAUUGUCUUCUGGUAGAAUGGGUACUUUGUUGAACCUCCUCGACGAAUGUACCAGUUGUUUUGAGUAUAGGCCUCGUCGAAGAUCGUCCCCUCCUUCUGGGUAUGCGCACGCACAGGUAAAUCAGGACGUUAAGUCACGCCUGGAAGACAUUAUUCUGGGACAAGGAUCCGCUAGAGAAAUGAUGCAAAGAAGAAAAGGUCAACCGUCGACAGAAAAGCUUCGUUGGAGGAAAGAUCAAAUGCCUUAUCGUGCUGGCCUGGAUGUUGUAGACAGGCCAAAGGACGAUAUCGUUGCAGAUGCCAAUCUGGAGGGCCAUUUAGCAACGGAAGCAUCUUUUAUAAUCCUUGAUACUUUAGAACGUUGCGUUUUUACCAUCGCCCAAUGGGAUAAUCAACAGUCAUUACUAGGUUCGGCGUUAUCAGUUCUUUUACAUGCACUGGGAAAAAAUCAGAGUACAACAGUGUUGCCUCACAUGUUUGCAUCACAAAGGAAUUUGGUUUUCAAAUUUCAUAGUGCAGUAUUUGACGAAGAAAAUGAUCAUUGCGCUGACUUAUGUCUAUUACUUUUGAAGCACUGUGCUUCAAAUAUUCCCUCUGUGAGAUCCCAAGCAGCUGCUUCUUUGUAUUUAUUAAUGAGACAAACAUUCCAAAUUGGCAACAAUUUUGCUCGAGUUAAAAUGCAAGUGACAGUUUCGCUCAGUUCCUUGGUGGGUACCUCAUCAUCCUUUAGUGAUGAAUCUCUUAGAAGAUCUUUAAAAACAAUUUUGGAAUAUGGAGAAAGAGAUAGUGAACUUCAAGAUACGAGUUUUCCCGAACAAGUUCGUGAUUUGGUUUUUAAUUUGCAUAUGAUUUUGUCCGAUACAGUUAAAAUGAAAGAGUUUCAAGAAGACCCAGAAAUGCUUAUCGAUCUUAUGUAUCGUAUUGCAAAAGGAUACCAAAAUUCGCCAGACCUUAGACUUACAUGGCUUGAAAAUAUGGCAAAAAAACACAUGGAACGUGGCAAUCAUUGUGAAGCUGGAAUGUGUAUGGUACACUCUGCAGCUUUAGUAGCUGAAUAUUUAGCAAUGAUAGAGCCUCUUCCCCAUUUACCUGUUGGUGCUGCAGCUUUAGAGAAAGUAAGCCCGAACGUCUUGGCGGAAAGUGCCGUUUCAGAUGACGUAUUAAGUCCGGAAAAAGAAGGAAUAUGCUUAGGUUCCCAUUUUUCUGAAGGGGGUCUGCUAGGACUUCUUGAGCACGCAGCCACUUACUUUCAUUCCGCAGCUAUGUACGAACCGAUGAAUGACAUAUAUAAUGUCGUUAUACCUAUUGCGGAACAUAACAGAGACUUUAAAAAACUAGCCAACAUUCAUGGAAAGCUUCAUGAUGCUUAUACUCGAAUAGAUCAAUUACAAGGAAAAAGGGUGUUUGGUACUUACUUUAGAGUUGGCUUUUACGGUUCUAAAUUCGGUGAUUUAGAUCGGGAAGAAUUUGUUUAUAAGGAACCGACAUUAACUAAACUACCAGAAAUUUUUAAUCGAUUGGAGAACUUCUACGCGGAAAGAUUUGGCGCAGAAAACGUUGUAAUUAUUAAAGAUUCAAACUCGGUAGAUACAACUCUAUUAGAUCCCGAAAAGGCUUAUAUACAAAUUACUUAUGUAGAGCCUUAUUUUGAACCUUAUGAACUAAGGUAUAGACUAACUCACUUUGAUAAAAAUUAUAACAUAAAACGGUUUAUGUACGCUACGCCUUUUACUCCAAAUGGAAAACCUCAUGGAGAACUUCAUGAACAAUAUAAACGAAAAACCAUUCUUACAACCGCCGUUCAUUUUCCUUAUUUAAAAACAAGAAUACAUGUUGUAAAUCGUAUACAAAUUACUUUAACUCCAAUAGAGGUGGCUAUCGAGGAUAUUCAGAAAAGAACAACGGAAUUAGCAAUAGCGACUUUGCAGGAGCCCCCGGACCCCAAAAUACUACAAAUGGUCCUUCAGGGGUGCAUUGGGACUACAGUUAAUCAAGGACCGUUAGAAAUGGCACUUACAUUCCUACCAUGUGAUGGUAAACCACUUACAAAACAUCAAAAUAAAUUGAGGCUUUGUUUUAAAGAUUUUUCAAAAAAAUGUCAAGAUGCGUUAAAGAAAAAUAAGAAUAUAAUUAAAAUGGACCAAAGGGAUUACCAAAGGGAAUUAGAAAGGAAUUAUAAGAGAUUUACAGAAAAGUUGCAGCCCCUUGUUAAUCCACAGACUGUGACUACGAUUCCAGAAAGUCCGCUUAGGUACGGAUGUGCUGAUUCUUCCCCGUUAAGAUGGUGAUUAUCUGAUUAUAUUUAUGGUAUAGAAUCAUUAUUAAUCUCGCUUAAGUACUACACAUAUCAAUAGCGUAUACCAAAACUUUGUACUGUUAUUUAUUUUUACUUUUUUGUAAUUUGCAGGAAAUAAACGAAGUUUUAUUUAA